AUGUCUCAGAGUACUCGAUCCAAAUUAGAUUUACAUACAACUGCCAUGUCCGAACUACAGUGUAAAUCAUCUUCUCAACAAAUAAAAAGUGAAAUAGCUUCGCAAUUAGAACAAGCCACAUCUCUGUCGACAAUACACAAUAUUGAAUCAGAUGAUGAUAAUAAAAAAGAAAUUAUUGACCAGACCCAAUUAUCUUCAAACGGAUCUGGACAACUUGAACAACUUAUUCAAAAACAAUUUGUUAAAUAUUUCGGUGAUGGUAAUGGUGAGAAUUGGUUAUUGCAAACCAUCAAACAAUUCGAACAGUACCAGUUAUCACAGGAAGAUCAAUUGAAAGUUAUACCACUUUUAUUAAAAGAUUCUGCUUAUUUAUGGUAUAUUAAAAACGAACAAUUUAUUGGUAGUUUUAAAAUGUUUAUCAAAUUAUUUCUUCAACAAUUUGCACCUGAUCCAACUCAAUUAGUAAAUGAUAUUUCAUCACUUACUUCUCAACUUUCUCUUACCAUGGCUAGAGAAAUUAUAAGAACUCCUAUUUAUUUCCAAGGAUCAAAGGAUGAUGUUUUAGAUUGGUUAGAAAAAUUAGAACAACGAUUUAAAAUGGCGAAUUGGGAUGAUGAACAUAAAUUACAAUAUAUUUCCAUACAUUUACAAGGUGAUGCAUAUAAAUGGUGGAUUCAAGCAUCGGAAAAAAUUAAGUCUUGGUCACAUUUCGUUGAUGAAAUUAAACAAUCAUUUGGAUCAACAAGAAUGAAAGAAUUAGCAUUUGAACAGUUAAAAUGGUAUAAACAAUCUGCUAAUCAAUCAAUUACUCAAUAUUUUGAUAAAAUUAUAGAAUUAUGUAGGAGAAUAGAUACAACCAUGUCUGAUUCUAUGAAGUUACAAUAUCUUACAGCAGGUGUGAAAGAAUCAUUAAAAUUUCAUAUUGCAUUAAAAGAACCACAAACAACUGAAGCCUUUCUAUUGUAUGCAAGAAAAUUGGAAGAUACGUUAUCAUUUGCUGGUAAUGAUGAUGAAACAAAUGAAUAUGAUGAAUCCCAAGGUGUAGCUACAAUGCAACAACGACCAUGGAUAUCAUAUAAAUUUCAAACACCACGUAAAAAUUAUUCACAAAAUAUUCAAUAUACAACUCCAAGAAAUUCACAAGGAUAUGGUAAGAAUAAUUUAUUCAAUAAAAAUACUUUAUCUUCAGAUACAUCACAAAGAAAACCAAAUAAACAAUCUUCAGUUAUUUGUUAUGCCUGUGGUACUUCCGGCCAUUAUGCCCGGGACUGUGUCCGUUCCCAUUUCGAUUAA